AUGCUGGAGCCCCAUGUUUGCCUGAUCUGGAUGAUCGUGUUUCUGGUGCCUUUUAUUGCAAGACGAAUCUAUCAAUGGAGUCGUCUGCGGCAUAUUGCAGGUCCCCCAGUGACCGGAUGGACAAAAUUAUGGUUACUAAAACAGGCCUGGUCCGGUAGGCUCUGUGACAGCCUCUACGAUGCUUGUAAAGAAUAUGGCCCGCUCGUACGCAUUGGGCCAAAGUGGGUGUUAUGCGGGGAUUCCGCUGAGAUCCGCAGGAUAUGGGGAAUAAAUUCUGGCUAUUACCGCUCAGACUGGUACAAGGCCGUUCGCCUAAAUAGCGAAGUGGAUAACGUCUUGACGGUGAUUGAUAAUAAGAAGCAUCACCAGCUCCGAAGCCAUCUCAGGCCGGGGUACGGAGGCAAGGGCAUCGCAAAUGAGGAACAGCUUGUUGAGCAGCAGAUCGAAAAUCUCAUAGCACUAAUAGAGCGGCAGUAUGUCUCUACCCAGGUAGCCUUGCGGCCCUGCAAUCUGGCUCGAACAAUGCAGUACCUAACACAGGAUGUUAUCACGGCUGUCGGGUUUGGAAAAUCAGCGGGCUACUUGGAGGCAGAUCGCGAUAUGUACGGCAUCCUGGAAACGUCCGAGGCCCUCCAUCGACCCGUCCAUAUGGUCACUCUGCUUCCAACUGUCCGGAAAAUUCUAGAAAGCCGUCUGCUGAAGCCCUUCCAUCCUAAACCCCAUGACGGGCGCGGGGUUGGUCGGUUCCUUGGUUACAUCAGGGACCUUGUCGAUGAAAGAUACGCCGACCUGAAAACUAGCCAUACCGAUAUGCUCCAGUCCUUUAUCAACUCUGGUUUGAGCAGACCCGAAGUCGAGUCGGAAGCACUUGUGACCCUGUUUGGCGGCACGGACACGACAUCCACUGCUCUCCGAAACAUUAUUUUUUAUUUGUCGACCACCCCUCAAGCAUACAGGGCACUUCAAUCCGAGAUCGACGAUGCUUUCAAAACAGUGACAAGGCCAGUGAUUAGCAAGGCCGAGGCAGAAGCCCUGCCGUUCCUCCAGGCAUGCAUCAAGGAAGGACUGAGAAUUUUCCCACCUAGUAUGGGCCUCAUGGGGAAGGUGUGCCCACAUGACGAUACUAUCUGCGGCAUCAAGGUUCCCGCAAACACCAAGGUCGCUUGGUCAGCGCUGGCUAUUAUGAGAAACCGAAGCAUCUUUGGAGAAAAUGCAGACGUUUAUGAUCCGCAGCGGUGGAUUGACGCACCGGUAGAAAGGAGGAAGGAGAUGGAUGCAUCAUACGGCUUAGUGUUUGCCACUGGAACCAGGUGGGAGUGCCUAGGGAAGCGACUGGCAUAUAUAGAGCUAGGAAAGACGAUCUUCGAGGUAGGCGCCAUCUCCCACGUCCCACCGCUCGUUCUAAUUGCUGAUAAUCUUACAGCUAUUCCGACUGUUCGAUUUUGCUAUGGUCGAUCCCAUUGUACCUUUUCGGUGGGCUAA